AUGGCCCGCAUCUUCAUAACCGGCUCUUCCGACGGCCUCGGCUCCCUCACAGCACAGCGCCUCAUCAAGCAAGGCCACUCGGUCGUCCUGCACGCACGCAACUCCCAGCGUGCAGCCGAUGCACAAAAGGCAUGCCCGGGAUCGGACGCCGUCCUCGUGGCAGACCUGACCAGCAUCGACGAGACCAAGGCGCUCGCGGCGGAGGCGAACAAGCUGGGGCCCUUUGACGCGGUGCUGCACAACGCGGGCCUCUUUACAGGCUUCGAAAAGGUCACGGGCAAGUCCGGGCUGCCGAGCCUCUUCACCGUCAAUGUGCUAGCGCCGUACAUCCUGACGGGCCUGAUGGACCGCCCCAAGAGGCUCGUCUACGUCAGCUCCGGCCUGCACCAGGGCGGCAAGCCGCGGCUCGACUCGCUCGAGGGGUCUGUGUACGCCGACUCGAAGCUGCACGACAUCAUGCUCGCCAAGGCGUUCGCGAGGAGGUUUCCGGGCGUCGAGAGCAAUUCUGUCGACCCGGGCUGGGUGCCGACUAAGAUGGGUGGUUCAGGUGCGACGGGGGAUAUUGAGGGAAGUAUCAAAACGUUUGCCAUGUUGGCGCUGGGUGAGGGUGAAGCGAAAGGGAAGACCGGGAAGUAUUUCUACAACUUGAAGGAGGCCACAUAUUUGAAGACUGCAGAUGAUGAGGCGGCGCAGGAUGGGCUUUUGAAGAGGUUGGCGGAGAUCAGUGGCGUUGAGGUCCCGACAUAA